AUGAGAAAAAUUUCUCGUCUCUUAGUUAGGAAGCUUAACCCCAGUGUCAAUUUAAACAGAAUAAAUUCCGCACACUUACUGAAACAUCUUGAAAAUGUAUGCGAGCACAUAUUUGAAGUGGGUAGGUACAACAUACAAAAGCCGCUAAGACCUGGGUAUUAUAAUAGAUUAUUGCACGGAAAAGAAAAGGGAACGGGAAGAAAAAGGAAAGUCAAUUAUAUUGUUAACAACGUGGAAAGAAAUAAUAAAUUGUUUCAACAAGUGUAUCAAUAUUUUGAUAAAGCAAAAGUUUUAUUACCAGAAUUUGGUCCAACAGGUAUACUUAGGUUAUUAUAUGCUUUAUUAAAAAUAAGAAAUUUUGAUUUUGAAAAAAAUAAAAGAAAAAAAGCAACUAUAUUAAAAUAUAUAGAAUAUUACAUAUUGCGAAGUUCAAUACAUGAUGAAAUUUACAAUUUUUGGAAACACAUCACAUUAAAUGAUAUUGUGCUUUUAUUUAAAAUGUUUAUUAAGAAUAAUUAUUUUUCUUACGAAUUAAUAAACAAAUUAAUCAACGAGGUAAUUAAUAAUGUUAAAUAUUCUGUACCGUCUGACUUGGUCAUAUUCUUAUGUACAUAUCAUGUAUACAAAAGUAAGAUAAAAUUUAAAAGGUACAAAAUAAGAGAGGUAUGUCUAUCUGAAAAUUCUUUGAAGAUGUUUUAUAAAAAUGUUAUACGUAAUAACUCUUUUGAUAUUACAAACAAGGAGAUGUGUAACUUUAUAACCCUCUUUUCACUAUAUGGUAAAAAUAUACCCCUAAACGAGAGGGUAGAAAUAUACAAAAAAUCAGUUGCACAUAUAAAAAAAACAAAGUUCACAUAUUCCCCUGACCAUGUUAAGAAUUUUAUAAUAAGCUUCUUUAGAAUACAUAACUUUAUCCAAAAGACGAGUUAUCAUAAUAGUAGCACCUGCAGCAAUGUUAACACUCCAAACGAAUUUUUAAAAAUUUUAUUCGAGUUAUAUAAUAAACGCAAUAUAGAUGUCAAAGUAGAAGAGGAGCUGUAUAUUCUAGACAAAUCAUUAAAGAACUGCUAUUACGAUUAUGAUAGUUUAGAUAACAUAAUAUUUAAUAUAAAAAAUAAUAUUUCCCAUUUGAAUAAUAAAAAUAAAAUAAAAUUUAUUAACUUAGUUGCAAAACUACGAAAUGUUUACAACACGGGAGAACAAGGGAUAACUCUGAUAACCUCUAAAACAAAAUUUAUUGAUGUCAUGUUAAGGCAAAUUUUAAGUGAUUGUGUAUCAUUUAUAAACAUGAAAUAUAAACUCGUGCCAUGGAGUUUUAGGCAUGUUUUAUUACGUCAUCAGCUGUACAGUCAGAUUCAUAUGAGGGCAUUGCCAAACAAAUGCGAAUUGGGGGUUUAA